AGUCGGCCGCCGACACGCAGCUGUGGCCAUGGCUGGGCGCGUCCGAGGCGGGACUCGAGCCUCGUCCUUCCACUCGCCUCAUCACCGCCGUCCACUCCCUCUUCCAGCCGCAGCUGCUGCUCCGUCUCCUCUCGCACCGCCUCUUCGCCUGCCAACAGCACGUCCGGCGCGGCUCGCAGACCAACCCAUCGCCGGCCUCGCUCCCACUCCCUCCGUUGCCGCCGCCUCUGUCACCGCCUCCGCCUCCGCCACGGCCACGGCCACCGCCGCAGCCGUCGCCGUCGCCGUCGCGAACCUCG